AUGAGCAACCAGCAGCAGCUCGAUAUCUUCGUCGUGGUAGUCGUGGGUCGAGUUGGUAUAGCAAAAGACUACUUGAGCAAAGGAACCCCUCCUGCAAGGUUUGAGAGGGAGAUGACAGACAAGGAUGUGCUUGACAAGCUCAUUUCAAACUCCACCUACGACACGUCUCACGCAGGAGGAAAAAAAUUUCAUGGGAAAAUGAAAAAAGCCUAUGCUAAGAAAUGGGCUCUUCUCGGAUUAAUCCUGACUUUGCCUCAGCCCACCUGGAAGUGCGUGUCUGGUCAGCCACCGGUUGGUCAAUUCACGGUUGCGCACCUGCCGGUUGUCAAGCGCCAGUCAGUCCAACCGCCAGCCAGUCAUUGGUGGUAG